UCAACACAAAGAUUAGGAAGCCGGGUAAGGAACCUGGUGCACCUUACUUGGGACCUGGGGUGUGUUAGGGCCCCCGCCAGGCCGGCCCAGCCUCGGGCACCUGCCGCGCCUCGGCGUGCCAGUGGUGGUGCAGCUGGCUCCCGCCGCUGCAGGAACUUCAGGAACUUUUUUUUUUUUUUUUGGUAAAUUGCUGCGUGAGGAGAGGCUCCGCCCUUCCGCGCCCGGCCGCCCGGCCGCCCCUCCGGCGCUCCCGGCGGGUGUUCCUUCCCGGUCGGCGUGGAGGGCCUGGAGACUGCGGCCCAUGGGACCUGUGGAGCUGCCCGCCUGGCUGCAGCCCAGGUAUAGGAAGAAUGCCUAUCUUUUCAUCUACUACUUAAUCCAGUUCUGUGGCCACUCAUGGAUAUUCACAAAUAUGACAGUCAGAUUCUUUUCAUUUGGAAAAGAUUCAGUGGUUGACACUUUUUAUGCAAUUGGACUUGUCAUGCGACUUUGCCAAUCUAUUUCCCUCUUGGAGUUGCUGCACAUAUAUGUUGGCAUUGAAUCAGACCAUCUUCUGCCUAGGUUUCUGCAGCUCACUGAGAGAAUAAUCAUCCUCUUUGUGGUGAUCACCAGUCAAGAGGAAGUCCAAGAGAAAUACGUGGUGUGUGUUUUAUUCACCUUUUGGAAUCUAUUGGAUAUGGUUAGGUACACUUACAGCAUGUUAUCAGUCAUUGGAAUAUCCUAUGCUGUCUUGACAUGGCUCAGUCAAACACUAUGGAUGCCGAUUUAUCCUUUGUGUGUUCUCGCUGAAGCAUUUGCCAUCUAUCAGUCACUGCCUUAUUUUGAAUCAUUUGGCACUUACUCCACAAAGCUGCCCUUUGACUUAUCCAUCUAUUUCCCAUAUGUGCUGAAAAUAUAUCUCAUGAUGCUCUUUAUAGGUAUGUAUUUUACAUACAGUCAUCUUUACUCAGAAAGAAGAGACAUCCUCAGAGUCUUUCCCAUUAAAAAGAAGAAAAUGUGAAGCAUGGCACUCUGAUGUGACAUAAGAAAGGAGAGUCUGUGGAUUCAGCUGCAGUAAACACAACACAGGUGGAAAAAUACCUAGUAUUUCAUAAAAAUCCAUGACAUGCAAUAAUUGCUCUCCUCCCCAAAACCCUUGACAUAUACAGCAGUCUGUGUUUCUCA